AAUCCGGGUCCGGACCGAGCUCCGACGCAGCUGCCACGUUGCCCCAUCGUCGGUUUGCGACAGAAAAAUCCACCGGCCCACAGGAAACAUUCGCACUGCGCGCGGGCUAAGAAGAUGCCGAAGAAGAAGAGAAAGUGGCCGAGAGCCGUUCCCCAUUUCCGGCGCGAGUGAAGUGGCCUGUGGCAGCAGGGGCAGAUCGUUAGCAGGGUGUGCCGGGACACGGGAAUGUGUUUGCGAGGUGCUAUGUGACGCCAUGGCACGUGGACGUAGAAAGCGAACUUGACGGCGAGUGACACACAUAAAUUGUUCCAACGGCACCGUGUGCAACCCCUUCGGGGCCAGCAAUUGUGACGGGUACUUGGGCAUUUUCCAUUUUCCGACUGCCGAUCCGACGACGGACCGUCGCUCUCGGUGGUGCUCCGAGCCUGCCGCCUCAAGACUUUAACGAUAACAGUGGAAGUGAAACAUAGAGAAUCCCACGGAGAGAGAAAAGGUUUUUUCACCGCGGACGUGGAACGCACCGUAACCGGGCACCAUUUGCGCGCUUUUAGCUCUGGACAAACAAAUCAACGAAAGGACGGGAAUCGAGCCUCUCAACCUCCGUGCGGCCAAUCGUCAACGCCAUGGGUGAUGAUGUCAUAUGCAUCGAUUCGGAUGAGGACGACGAAGAUGAUGCGCCAAGGCGUGGCAGUGGACGUGGAGCGCGCGGGAAACGAUCCGCUGGCGGCUACUGGCGUCGGCAACGUCGGAUAGGUCGGGCCCGAAAGAAGUGGAAUCGUCACGACGCGAGCCACCAGUUCAUUGGGGCCCCUCAAUGGCUGGUGGAGGCUCUCGGCCAGCUGGGGUCCGGCAUGUGCUUUGGGCCCGGGCGGCGGAACCUGUCACCAGAAACGGUCUGCCAAGUGGCCGAGCACCUACGGAAGCUCGUCGGACGGCUUCAGGGCGAUGGUACACAAACGCCACACACAAAUGCUGAACAAACUGAAGGGUGGCGCCACGUGCUAAAGUUCCUGUUGCUUCUACGAACGGCCGGCCGCGAAGACAUGCCGACUGCCCGCGCGGAAUUCAGCCCGACUCGAAUCGACUCGAAGCGGCAGCGUCUUCGAGUGCGACAGAACCGUCGCUACCAGCUGACAGUGAUCGAUAUACUGGUAGACUACAUCCGUUUCCGGUGCGAAUCGGUGGCCACAGGACAGCAGCAGCAGCAACCGCCGCCAGCCAGCGCCGCCGCACUGCUCGGCGAGUGCAAUUCGAUCGUUAGCAGUCUGUUUGUAGUCUUCGAAGGUGACACGCAGUUGGUGACGCUGACCCUGCUCCGGGCGGUGCUGGAGCCGCGCUACACACUGCUACUGUAUCCGGUGUUCGAGAGCGUUCUCACUGACGGUUGCGGUUCUCCCGCGGGACCUGCGAGUGGAAGUGUCGCCCGGUGCACCACCAUCCCCCACUACGUCGGAUUGCUGCUGUGCUUCAAGCGCUGGAAAUCCCUAGCCGUCACACGGGCAGAUAGGGCUACCAUCGAGCGGCAUGCGGUCCGCUUCCUUCCGACACGCUGUCCCACCGUCCAGCUGGCAUCUGACGUCCCGUUCCUGCUACUGCUGCCCAGCGUGCCAACGAAACAGCGAGCCCACGAAACACGCUUUCUGCUCGCCAAUGAUCUGUUCGACGUGGAACGGUGCAUCGAUCAGUACGUCCGACACUAUCGGCAGUACACGGCGCAGAAGGCCCAGCAACCCACCACACCCCACAGCACCGGUCAUCGGCACCGAUUGCACCGUUCGUUGGAAAUCCAAAGCAAUUACAUCAACGUGGCCGUGUUGGCGGAACUGAUCGAACGGAAAGUGCGGCUCUGGAACAACCGCUUGACCUGCCACGACCCUGCAGUGCCCCUGCCCGGUGGCGUGGAUCCGUUGUCGUCAUUACGCCGGGAAGCCAGCUCCAUCGUCGAAAGCCUUCGAUUGAUAUUUCGCAAUGGGACGGAAUUCUCGGAGCUGACCCUUUUGCACGUGGUGCUGGAAUGUCCCGUCCCGUCCGCAUCGGAACCCCUGCUGGCCGCCGUGUUUGAAGCGUUUCUUGCCGACGACCCGGCCGCCGUUCCAACGUCGAACCACCUCGAUCGACCUGACCACCCCACCGGACUGGCCGUUUAUCGUUCGAAUGAUGUGGAAACCUACGUCCGACUUGUCCUCUGCUACGCCAAGUGGAAAGCACUCUGUCGGCACCAGGAACUCCGGGGCGAACGGGUUCGCAUCGAUGGAAUUGCACUCUCGCAACUGCCCCACGACUGCCCCAGGGCCAUAUGCCCACGGGAUGCACUUCUCAGGCGAAUCUUGUACGGGGAUUCAGGUACGACGCUGGCUUCGGCUUCGAAUCGAUCGACGCUCACCGGCUUCCUGCUUCGAACGCUACCGGAUCGAAGCGAUUUGCAGGAGCUAUGCUUCAAGUUUCUCGAUGCGUAUCGCAGCGGAUCUUACGCAACAACACCAUCCGAAGACACCACACAGCAGGACGAUGUUCGCUCGACCACGACAAGGGCAGCAUAUAAAUCAGCGACUACCGUCGGUGGCCAGCUACUGGUCACAGAAAGCCCGGCGCACACGAACGAUACACAAGCUGCACCGGGGCAGCCUACCCACCAGCCGUACGGAGGACCGCCGGGACCGGAAAUGAAACCGAUUAUUAUUCCGGACAGCGACGGGCUGCGAGCAGAUGGUAUCUCCGUGCCCGACCGCACCUUAAAACCAAUGUUGACUCGCGACCAGGAAGCCUUCGUGUCACAGUUCCCGUCAGUUUCGAUGUCGGCCGUUUCCGGUUCCGCUGGGGACGUUCUCACCGCUGCCGAUAUCGACCUCGCACCGUGCCCACCAAUGGCAGAGUGUUUUCUCAAUACGCCACCUGCAACGCCUCAGCAGGAUGCUAUGAGUGAAGUGCCGGGCGAAGAGGAUCGUCGGAAUGUCCUCGUGCGGCGACACCCGGCCGGUUGCAGUGGCCGGUUGAAGGGCACAAUACGCGCCAUUCAGCCACGGAAGAAGCGGAACACCAUCCACGCAUCGACUGUCAGGCGUACCCUCGGGAGACCAUUGCACGAUGGCAGGUGGUGGAGUUUUGCCGACGUCCUUGCUGUCCAGUCGCCGGCCGAACGGCGCGUUCCCAUAGCCGUCCGCUGGUGGUCAUCAGUGCUGAAGAUCGGCCGACCUCCGAACCAUGCCGUGUCCAAUCUCACUAUCGGAGGCACACAGUUGAACCCACCACAGCUUGCACCGAACGAUCCCUCGGGGGAUGCAUUGCUGCUUCAGCUAAUCGACAGUCUUGGGGACAGUGUGCCUUCCGACACGACGGCAGCGGCGAAACAGGGUGCCGUAGAUUUUACCAUCCUUGCCGAUAAUCCGCACGACUCGAUGGAGCACCAGGCGUCUCCAUCGGUGCCCAUCGACACGUCGGCUAUCUUUGGCGAUGGCGAUCAAACCGUGCUGCUCUUCACCGAACAGGGACCCAUUUCCUGGCCAAUCGUCUAA